AUGGACGUCUCCAGUCGCAGUGGCAGCGUCGCCUCCACGGUGACUGGCCGCAUCUACGGAUGGUUGCCGCAGAGUGCCUACGACAGCAACAAUGUAACGAGCUACCCGACGGCGCUGCAGGACACGCGACUGCUGCGACUGAAGAUCUUCAACGGGCGCAACCUUGCGAAGAAGGACAUCUUCGGCGCCUCUGACCCCUACGUGCGCAUUGACCUGCUGCGAGGCGACAAGAGCGUCAUUGACUCGGUGUACACAAAAACGAAGAAAAAAACACUGAACCCUUGCUGGAAUGAGGAGUUCAUCUUUCGCGUCCUUCCCUCCAGCCACCAGCUGCUGAUUGAGGUCUUUGACGAGAAUCGCCUCACCAGGGACGACUUUCUCGGCAAGGUGGAGCUGACGCUGACAAACAUUCCCGUGGAGUCAUCGGCGGCCGAUGCGCCGGAGAUUAAUCCGACGAGGUACAUUUUGCAGCAGCGAAGCGCCAAAUCGAAGGUGCGCGGUGAUUUGGAGAUCUACAUUGCCUUCAUUGAGGACCUGAACGACGACGGCAGCGGCCGAGCAGCGAGAAGGAGCUCAGUGGAGACGGAGGAGGAAGAGGGCGCAGAAGCUGACUGGGAAAUGGUGGGCGCCAAUUUGCCUUCACAUCACGGCCGUGAAGCCUCAACGAAUGGCGGCGGUGGUGGUGGUGACAGUGGUGACGAGCUGCCCGACGGUUGGGAGGAGUGCCAGGAUACCAAUGGGCGAACUUACUUUAUCAACCACAACUCUCGCAGUACGCAGUGGGAGCGACCUCAGCUGAACAGUUCCUCGCCGAGUGCUGCCGCCGUUGCUGCAACCGCCGUCUCUGCGUUCAGUGAAGCGAACAGUGGCGGAGAUUCGAUUGGCGGUGGUGCAACACUGCUGUCGCCGUCCUCGCUGACGGAAGCUGGCAACAGUGGAGGAGCCAGUCCCACCGUUCUGGACACUCGAGCGCAGGAGUUUAACCGUCGCUUUCACGUGGGCAGCAGUCUCGACCAGACGGAGCAGAUCACCACCACCAACGCCAACAUCAACAGCAGCCAACUCUCCUCGGGGGCCUCCUCGCCCAGUGCGGCAGAGCAGAUUUCCGCCAGCACGCCCAGUCCGCACUACGCCUCAUCGUUGGCUGUGGCCAACUUUCGCGGCGGUUCCGAGAGCAUCGACUCGAACUCCAGUCUGACGGGUGGGGAAAGCAGUUCAGGGGAGCAGAGUGGUGACAGCUGUGCUGCUCCUUCUGCCGCUGAAGCCGCUGAAGCUGGGAAUGAUGAUGAUGUCGAUCACAAUGUCAGCACUGCGACUACCACCGCUGAAGAACAACAAACGGCAUCGACGACAGAGGCUUCACCACCACCACCAGCAGCAGGUGGUGACAACAGUGCGGAAGGCAUCGCCAGCACUUCAGCGGCCACAGAGGAGACCUCCAGCGGUGAAGUGCCAGUAGAGGCAGCAGCAGAAGCCGCGGAAGAGCAGCAGCUGGUGGUGGAAGACAGCUCUGCACCGGACAUGGCCACCAGGAGGCAUUCAGAGGGCUCAGCAGCAGCAGCAACCACUGCCACCGGCGGAAGUCACAGUAAUCAGUCCAGUGGUCGAAGUCGGGCGCAAACCUCCACCGGCAGUCGCGGCUCCAGCUCGCGGACCACCGUUCCCGACGACGGCCUAGGGCCGCUGCCUCCCGGGUGGUCACAGCAGGUGGCAGAGAACGGACGGGUCUUCUUCAUUGACCACAACACGCGCACGACCACGUGGAAUGAUCCGCGCACGGGCAAGGCCAGCCCAUCGCCGGCCAACCUCAAGGCGGCGGUGGACGACCUGGGUCCGCUGCCUGCCGGCUGGGAGGAGCGUGUCCACCGAGACGGCCGAAUUUUCUUUAUCAACCACAACACCCGAACCACCCAGUGGGACGACCCGCGCAUCGACAACCCGACCAUCUCCGGGCCGCCCAUACUGUACUCUCGGGACUACAAGCAGAAGCACGAGUACUUCAUGAACUCGCUGCCGCGACCCACCAAUGUACCGAACAAGUUCGAGAUCAAGGUCAGCCGGAACAGCAUCCUCGAGGACUCCUUUCGCAUCAUCUCCAACGUCUCGCGCGUCGACUACCUCAAGACGAAGCUGUGGAUUGAGUUUGACAAUGAGGAGGUGCUCGACUACGGCGGUCCCGGUCGGGAGUGGUUCUACCUGCUCUCUAAGGAGAUGUUUAAUCCUUACUACGGACUGUUUGAGUACUCCUCUGCGGACCAGUACACGCUGCAGAUAAAGCCCAACUCGGGCAAGUGCAAUGAGAGUCACCUGGCGUACUUCAAGUUUAUCGGCCGCGUGGCGGGCAUGGCCAUCUACCACGGCAAACUGCUGGACGCCUUCUUCAUUCGCCCCUUCUACAAGAUGAUGCUGGGCAAAGAGAUCACCCUGAAGGACAUGGAGAGCGUCGACUCUGAGUACUUCAACUCGCUCAAGUACAUUCUCGAGAAUGAUCCCAGCGAGCUGUACCUCAACUUUUCCAUUGACGAGCGCUUCCUCGACGUCAUCGAGGAGAAGGAGUUGAAGCCGAAUGGAGCGCAGAUUGCGGUCACCAAUGAGAAUAAGUUGGAGUAUAUCAACCUCGUCAUCGACUGGCGUUUUGUCUCUCGCGUCAAGGUGCAGAUGUCCGCCUUUCUCGAGGGUUUCCACGAGAUUAUCCCCAAGAAGCUGCUAGAGAUCUUUGACGAAAAUGAACUGGAGUUGCUGAUGUGCGGCAUUGUCAACGUUGACGUGAAGGACUGGAAGCAGAACACUGUGUACAAGGGCGGCUACGUGCAAAACCACAUUGUCAUUCAGUGGUUCUGGAGGGUGGUUCUCUCUUUUACCAAUGAGAUGCGCAGUCGACUGCUGCAGUUUGUCACCGGAACGUCUCGUGUGCCAAUGAACGGUUUCAAGGAGCUGUACGGCAGCAAUGGUCCGCAGCUUUUUACCAUUGAAAAGUGGGGCACGCCGCAGAAUUUGCCUCGUUCUCAUACUUGCUUCAACCGCCUCGACUUGCCCUCCUACGAGUCGUACAGUGACCUGCGCGAGAAGCUCAUCAAGGCAAUUGAAGGCUCAGAGUCGUACGGAGGAGUUGACUGA